UUGGAGUCCGGCCGCCCCCCGACAGCAGCCGCCUCCUGCUCCCCGCGCGCCCCAGGCGCCACCAUGUCGGGCGACAAACUUCUGAGCGAACUCGGCUAUAAGCUGGGACGCACGAUAGGCGAGGGCAGUUACUCCAAGGUGAAGGUGGCCACGUCCAAGAAAUACAAGGGCACAGUGGCCAUCAAGGUGGUGGACCGGCGGCGCGCGCCGCCCGACUUCGUCAACAAGUUUCUGCCACGCGAGCUGUCCAUCCUUCGAGGCGUGCGACACCCGCACAUCGUGCACGUCUUCGAGUUCAUCGAGGUGUGCAAUGGGAAGCUCUAUAUCGUGAUGGAGGCGGCUGCCACCGACCUGCUGCAGGCAGUGCAGCGCAACGGGCGCAUCCCCGGGAGCCAGGCGCGCGACCUCUUUGCGCAGAUCGCUGGGGCUGUGCGUUACCUGCAUGACCACCACUUGGUGCACCGUGACCUCAAGUGCGAAAACGUGCUGCUGAGCCCCGACGAGCGCCGCGUGAAGCUCACUGACUUUGGCUUUGGUCGCCAGGCACACGGCUAUCCUGACCUGAGCACUACCUACUGCGGCUCGGCCGCCUACGCGUCUCCUGAGGUACUCUUGGGUAUCCCAUACGACCCCAAGAAGUACGAUGUGUGGAGCCUGGGCGUCGUGCUCUACGUCAUGGUCACCGGGUGCAUGCCCUUCGACGACUCGGACAUCGCUGGUCUGCCCAGGCGCCAGAAGCGCGGCGUCCUCUACCCCGAUGGCCUCGAGCUGUCAGAGCGCUGCAAGGCCCUGAUCGCAGAAUUGCUGCAGUUCAGCCCGUCUGCCAGGCCCUCAGCGGGCCAGGUAGCACGCAACGGCUGGCUGCGUGCUGGGGACUCCAGCUAGAAGCCGGGGUUCCAGCCAUUCCCGCCGCCCCAAGCACUGCGCAAGCGCAGUGCAUGCGCGCGAAGCGCGCUUCCGUACUCUCGCGAAGCCGACAUGCACCACUGCGCACGCGCACUUCCCCCUUUUUCCUGACUCUGGAUGGCUGGGGCCGUAGUCGCCCCUGUUUAGAAUCUAGCUCCUCUCCCCAAGAUCCCGAGAGCAGGAGGGCGCAAGCGCUUCCUCUGUUCUCCAAGAGAAGGCCUCGGGAGGGGAAGGGACGAGAAGAAAUGGAAGCGUUGCGCCAGCGCGGAAUGAGCGAUGGCUGUGGGCAGGCGGUGGAUAUCUGGAGGAGCUGCCAGGGAGUGGACACGUGUGGAGGGCGUCCUUCUCUAGUCACCCGCGCAUGCUGGUGGGGAAGGCACGGUCCGAGCGCUGCCUCCUUGGAACUUGCAAUAAACUCGCUCUUCCUCGCACCU